GGGUACAUGUCCUGUCUGUCGCUGGACAUACAUAUCUUGCAGCUUCGACCCGCCUGCCUCGUCUGCGUCUGCGUCUGCGUCUGCGUUGCCUGUCUGCGUUGCCUGCGUCUGCGUUGCCUUGCGUCUGCGAAUACGUACGUUGCCUGCUUCGCUUUGCCUCGCCACUUCGGGCUUCCAUUCUUAGCAUCCUUUGCUGCAUGUAACGCUGGCUGCUAGCUGCUAGCUGCUGUCGGACCGUCAGUCAUCACGCCCAACAUGACGUCCAGCAAAUCCUUCCGGGCCUCUCUCAUGCCCUCGGUCCUCCGUUCCAACACCGAUCCCGAGUCCUCGUCCACAUCCUCCUCCUCGUCUUCCGCCGCUGCUACUGCCAGCAACAACAGCGAACCUCGCAAGAAACCGUGGCACAAGUCCUCCACCAUCGACCUCUCCCACAUGCGAGACCCUGGAUCUCGAGACGCGGCACAAGCCAGCGACAGCGCCGCUCACACGCAGCACAACCACGCUGUAAGCGGUACAUCCAAUACCACCACCAACGCCAACAAUACCACCAACAACGCCAACACCACCACCACUGCCACAAGCGCUGCCGCUGGAGCCGAAAAGAGUGUGCCUCCUCAGCCGCGGUCUGCAGCGCCAAACCGAAAAUCAAAGACCUGGAGCAAUCGCCUGUCCUCGCUGCUUCCCUCACUCAUGCUUCCCUCUACAGAUUCCGUGCCUGUGGUUCCAAAGCAGCCUACCACUGCUCCUCCUCCUCCUCCAGUGGCCGCUGCCGCUGCCGCGCAAACACCCAUCUCAACUCCGACGUCAGCGCCGGUUGACACUCCCGCCCUUACUAAAUCCUCCACGCCUACCGAUAACAGCCCUACGUCUUCCACCCCCAGUAUCGUCGAGACGCCGACUAUCCGAAUGACGGGCGACGACGAUUACAGCCUGGGCUUUGUCCAGCCCACCAAGCAGUCGCCCCAGGGAUCCCCGCCAACCCUGCCAACGCUCCCUGCCCAGGACAGCGACACUCUGGACAUUUCCCGGUCAGGCAAUAAUCCCCAAAUCAUGGCACCGAUCCCACCUUCUCCCGAGAUGAGCCGCGUCGCUCCCAGCAUCCCCAGCGCUCCCACUAUCGCACCUCCCGCGGUUCCACCUCCCGCUGUCCCAGCCGCCGGUGAACAGUCCCCCGUAGAGCAGAACGCCGAUUCGCUCAAGGUCGGAAAGCUGCGCAAGGAGAAACCCGACACUCGGCGAAGAAGCAGCUCUCUCCAGCACCUCGCCAGCGAGAUCCCUCCCAUGCUAGGACUCAAGUCUCGAACGGACUCCCCCGCCCCCGAGCUGCGGGGCCGUCGAGCCUCGUCUGUUCAGCCUGCCUCAGCUCGCGGGAGCCCAAGCAGCUCUCGCGUCCCGUCCGCAAGCAUCAAUGUCCGCCCUGGUUCCUCAAAAGGCGCAGAGAGCCCUACCCGCGGCCGUCUCCGCCGGAGUUGGAUGCCGGGUGGUCGGUCUCGCUCCAACUCAGUGGACGUGUCUGCACAAUCCGCAGCGAGUGCUUGGGUCUUGUCAGACGACACCCGAGCUGAAUACAACGCCUCAUUCCUAAAGAACGCGGAGAAGGUCCCAGAGCUCUGGAACGAGGGCGGCAACGUCUACGUUUUCCUGUACCCCCGUAUUAGCGGAUGCGGGCCGUCCUUCAAAGUUCCCGAGUUCACCGUCAGCUCAUCGUACAUCUUCAACGAGCUCAUUCAGGCCGAAUUUGAUACCCCUACCGGUCGGGGCCGAGGACGCAGUUUUGGAGGCCGAGACAGUCUCAGUGUCGAAGAUGCAACUCGUUUCAUGUCCCCGCCCAGUUCCCCGCCUCCUAUUGACACUUCUGGCGAACUUCGAUUAUACUUGCCUUCGCCACCACCAUCAGGAUCGACCCCGUUGGCAGCACCCGGCCAGGGCUCUCAACAAGAGCUGGACAGGCUUGUCGCCAUUCGAAACUUGUUUGCUUUUUUGACCGGCCAACCCCUCGUGGCGACCAAGACAAAAUCUACCAACUUCCAGGCAUUCCUCCAGAUUGCCGGACUUUUGGAAGAGUUUGGUUUCACCAGCCUUGAUGGAACCACGUUUGGCGAUGCCGUCGACCUCAGUUUCGGUUUCUACAUGGACCAGAUGGGUCUCGCCGACUGCCGACACAGCCGAGAGAAAACGCUAGAGGCUUUGAUUCUUGGUGAGCGAAUGCGAUCUAUUGACCUAUACAACGAGGCGUUUGCCCAUGCCGCCGGCAAGUACGCGGCCAUUAUGGAUCUGCGACUACCACUGUUCGAGCAGGUAUCGCCUCAAACUCGACAGGGCCUUGAACGAGCCCACCUGGACCUCGUAAAUCGGCAGCACAAUGUCAAUGUCCACUUGGAACAGUUCGAGUUCCCUGCGUUCUUCUCGGGUAUCGCAAACUCAACGUCAACCGUCGAGUUGAAACAGGUCCGCUUCAAGGUGUGGAGGAAUUCUUUCAACCGGAUGCGACACUUUGUCCUUGGUUACUACAAAUCGACCUUUGGCAACUGGCCACCCAAGGCCAGCAGCAAGAAGAACCCUUUCUCCGAGAGUGGUCUAAACAGAUUGGUGCUCAAGGUUCUUUACUCAGACAUGUGUGCGUUGUACGAUCUUCUUGUCGACCGAACCAACCGGACCUCCAGAGUGAUGGACGAGGUUCCCACCCUCUCCGCGGAAGCGGAUGAGAUGACGUUAUCAGCGCUCCGCAACAUGCUGUCUGAAUUCGACCGUUCGAAGCCGCCUGUCCUCCCUCCCAUACCAUAUGACACUCCCAAGAUUCCCUCUCCAGCCUCGGUCUUGGAGACCUACAACUCACUCUCCACGAAGAAGCAGAUCAAGUUCGACAAGAACAUCAAGGAACACGAGCUCAGCCUCAUCUUAAACAAGGCGUACAACUACGACACGAAUAGCAUCCAGCUCCCCUUCCUAGAACAGUUCAAGGAUUUCGAGCAGCGUGAGGCCAAGGGUAAGAUGUCGCAAGACUUCGCCGAUCAACGAUAUGGCUACUGGCUAUUCGUGUACGCUGUGAUCCAGUCGUUGCCUGUCCUCGUCGUUGACGCUCCCGGCAUGUCUCACACCGAGGGUGUUGAAUACUUCCUCUGCGAGCCACCGAUGGGCAACCCUCCUUGGGUUGGGGAUCGGCAGGUUCGCAAGAUGUGGUACGAAGUAGCGGGAGGUGGUGGUCUCGUCGAGCUCUCUACCGAUGCAGUUCUCUUCAGUGUCGAGGCGACUUACCACCGUAGCCACUGUUGGCUUUCUGCGAAGCAAUGGGAAGGACACGAGGGUGAUCUUAUGCCCCCUCCUCCCCAACAUGAACCCCCAAUGUCGCCUUUGCAUCCACCCCCCACCAUCUUCCCCGGCGAGGAGGACUUCAUGGGCAACAACCCCCCGAUGGGAGGGCCAAACACGCCAUCACCACCCCUUGGUGUGCCGCAGGUUGCUUUGCGCCCCCGAACGCACUCUCCGGGUGGAACCCGCGCCAACCAGGCAUGGCGAUCGAGUAUCGCGAUGGGCUUGGAACCUGUACCACUCGCCCCGCCCAGUCCUUUUGGAGAACGGACCAGCUCCCUUGGAGGGCGCCCAACCAGCAUGUAUAUGUCCGGCAGAAGCCAGUCCGUCGGCAACUUGGCCGUGAUGGGCGGCGGCAGAGACCACUUGGAUCCGGCACUUGACGCAAAUUCUGGCGCGACAUUUGACGACAUCUUGGGCAACGAGAAGAAGAAGCAGGAGCCAAAGAAGAAGGGAAGGUUCUUCUAGGUCUGUUGCAUCGGCAUGCAAUCUUUUGGAUCUCUAGAGGGCAUUGGUUUACCUUUCGUGAACCCUUUAUUAAGCUGCCGGAUGGGUGUAUGCUGUCUCUUUCAUCGGCACAUUUCGUUGUUGCGUUUUCUUGGUUUUUCUAGGGCUGUACUCUUUUUGGCAUGGAAACACUGUCAAAUUUUCUAUUUUCGGAGUUUUCUUGAUGCAUAAACACUUGGGAUGAGGGCAUCUGGGAGAGAAAUUACAAAAUCUAACGACCAAGCAUGAAAAAAUCUACACAGAUGUAGGAGGACUAUUAGAAGAGUUCGAUAGACUAGUCCAUAUAAUUCGGAUGGACGAAGAAUUUAAUUUACUGAGCGUGUUGAGUCCGUUCAGUUUAGUGAC